CCUGAGAACACCUACACUAUUUGUAGGUCUUGUAAGGAGUUAGGGAACAGAUUGAGCUCAGGACAAUACAAGCUGCGACCAGGAAGUGGGUAAGCAUGGGUUCCUUGGGCCUCAUCCUCGGUGUAGUAAUGUGUCUCUGGGGGCUGGCUGCCGGCAGCGUACCUCAGAUUGUUGGCCCGUGUGUCAUCAGUGCAAGAGAGCCAUCCUUCAACUGCAGUCAGAGGAAGCUCACCAAGAUCCCUGUUGAGAUUUGGCCCAACGUGACCGUGCUGGACCUGUCUCAGAACCCCCUGAACCUCAGUCGGGCCGAAACCCUGAGGGACCUUCGGCGGUUCAGCCACUUGGCUCUGCUGAACCUGUCGGGCAGCUACCUCCCCCUGCUGGAGACGGACGGCCUCAGCAACCUGCCGCUCCUGCGCGUGCUGGACCUCAGCAGGUGCCAGCUGGAGGCUGUAAAGUCUGACGCCUUCCGGAACCUUCCGAAGUUAGAGACGCUGCUGCUGGGGAACAACAGGCUGCGCGACCCCUUAUCCUCUGCCCUCCGAGACUUAACCUCCCUGUCCUUCCUUGACCUCCGUGGAAACGUUCAACUCAAAGACGCCCCGCCAGCUUGGCUAAAGGGAGUACGGACCGUCCUUUGGCCUGGAGGCCGCCACAGCUUGGUCCCGUCUGAAGGUGUCACGAGCUUUCACAGGAAACUGCUGAUGGAGGAGGAGAGCACUACUGCAGGCAAUAACAGAUUUCUGUACUGCUGUAAGGUGGCAAUACUUCCCUCCCUCUCCACUCCAGACGGCUCCCUGAGAGGGGUCAAUUCGAGCGAGGGCGGGCCCUCACACAGCUGGCAGUACCUGGUGGUCGCCCUGGUGGCGGCCCUCUCCGUCUCCGCCCUGAUCGUCCUGGCGGUGAAGUGCAAGCUCUUCCACCGCUACCUGGCCAGCUACCGGCACUCGCUGCUGUUCGAGGGCGACGCCAGCAGUCAGUGCUCCCGCACCGGCCUGGCGGUGUCCUUCCCGCAGCACAGCCUGGACGGGCGGGCCACCGGCGACACCCGGCCCAGCGAGCUGGAGGACGACGACGGCUUCAUUGAGGACAACUACAUCCAGGCCAGCGAGAGGGAGAGGGCCGAGAGGGAGGCAGAGGACCUGGGCCAGGACAGCGACGACGACGACGACAUUCAGUUCACCAUCGGCUAACGAGAGGAGGGGUUGGAUAAUAGUGAGGGAGGGGAUAUGGUGGCCCAUCGUGAUGUUUGUUUUGUUUUUGUCUGAUGGGGGAUUGGGAAGACAGAACGAAAGAAUGGAUAGGGUGGGCCAAUGUGUUGUUGUUUUUUACUGAUGAGGGAUUGGGUGGGUUAACAAAAUGAGGGAUUGGACAGAUUAACACCAAGAGGGAUUGGGUAUGUGUUGCCAAAAUGAGGGAUUGGAUAGGGCGGGCCAUCGUUCUGUUUGUUUUUUUUUUUUCUGAUUAGGGAUUUUCUACAGUGGGGCAUUGUGACAUUCACUUAGUUGUUUUUUAAUCCCAGAAAUUAUUUGUUUACAAUGACUGUAUGCAUAUGAUAUGCACAGUUCAA